GGGAAAGGUGAAUUUCUUGCUUUCGUGUUAAAAAGUUUUUCAUGUUGUUAUGGAUCCUCUAGCGAAACCAUCAAUUCGAUAUGGACAUAGUCCCGGUCACACAGAUGUCUGCUAUGAUGAUUCUGGAAGAUACAUUCUUAGCUGUGGAACGGAUGGUGAUGUUCGUAUAUGGGAUGGCUUCAACGAUUCUGAUGCGAUGUCAUAUCAGAUAGGAGAGAAGGUUUUUGCUGUUUUGUACAAGAAUCACAAGUUCUACACUGCAUCUGAUGUCAACAGCAUCCAAAUAUACACAUUUCCAGAUGGUAUAGCAGAUGGCAUGGUUACACGGUUCACUGCUCCUGCUAACCACAUGUGCUUCAACAGAGCAGGAACAAUUCUAGUCGCUGGAGCAAGUGACUUCAUGAUCAAAAUCACAGAUGUACGAUCAAGCAAGCAGAAAUCUCUCCAAGGACACGAAGCUCCAAUAUUGAGUGUGGCUUUACAUCCCAAAGGACUCUUUCUGGCAUCGUCCAGUUGUGAUGGAUCCUACCGUGUCUGGUCAAUGUCUACUCAUACCAGUUUGAAGACAUGGAAUGGUUUAGCACGAUGCAGUGAUGUGAGCUUGGCGAAAUCUCUUUGCCGUUUAUGCUGGGAUCCUCUUGGAGAGAAUCUCUUGGUUCCUGUUGAAAAGGAAAUUAUUGUUUAUGAUACGAAGACCUGGAAUAAAACAGCAGCUUUAACUGAUGCAAAGAUAAAAGACACCAUUUCCAUUUUGAUGUUCUCCAGCUGUCAGAAGUAUUUGGCGGCAUCAUGUUUCGAUGGUCUCUUGCUAAUUUUUGACUGGAGCAAAAGACUUUGCAUACAGAGUUAUAAACAUGAGAAGACCUUCACAGCUAUUUGCUGGAAUCCAAUAAAGAGCAGUGAAAUUAUUUUCACUGAUAACGAGGGACAGAUUGGAUUAUUUGAAAAUGUUUUAUCAACUGCUGCUAGUAAAAACACUAGCGCUGAACAACCCGCAGUCACCACAUCCGACCCCGCCUCUGCUACUGUGGAUAACAAUUUAGAUGAUGAUGACGAUGCUUUCGAUGACCUUGACGAUGAGAUGUUGUCUGGCGCUAUUGGACCCGACAUUCCUUCGGUAGAUGCUGGAGAGCAGAGUGACAACGAAUUCUCUGCUAAGCUCAAUCCCGAAGCCAUAUUUGAUGAUGACGCUUCAAAAGAUGGAGCUUCAAAUAUGUCCGAUGGAGAAAGUACCACAACUGAACAACCUCUGAAACCAACCGCUGCUGUUCCAUAUAACGAACCAAAAAUACUUCUUCAAAAGCCUUUCCAACCUGGUUCUACACCUGACCAUCUUUCUCAAAGAUUUAUGAAAUGGAACGCGGUUGGCAUUGUGAAGCAGUAUAAUGCAGAUGGCGAGAACUCCAUUGAUAUAGAAUUCCAUGACACCGCAGUGCAUCAUUCGAUACAUCUCAACAACAAUGUCGGCUACACCAUGGCGGAUAUUUCCAAAGAAUGUGUUCUUUUGGGGAGUCCAAAUGAUGAAGAAUCUGGCCGCAGCAAGAUGACGUGUUUACACUUCGCAGCCUGGGAUAAUUCCAAAGAAUGGUCCGUUACUCUACCAGAGGAGGAAGAAAUUUUGGCCGUAACUGCUGCUGAGACAUGGGUUGCCAUGGCGACCAGUGAACGACUUCUUCGACUCUUUACCAUGACGGGCAUUCAGAAAGAAAUCCUUACUCUUGCAGGACCUAUUGUAUGUCUGUCAGGCUUUAAAGACUUCUUGAUGGUUGUCUACCAUCGAGGCGGCGGUCUUCCUGGUGAACAGUGUUUGGGUAUUGACCUUUAUCAACUGACAUCUAAGAAGAAAUGCAUUUUGAAGGAUCUGCUUCCUCUUAGUCCCAAGGCUUUCCUUUGCUGGGCCGGGUUUUCUGCUGAAGGUACCCCAUUCUAUAUGGAUUCCAGUGGCAUGCUGAACAUGUUGAACCGGAAAUUUGGUAACUCUUGGACACCAGCAUGUGAUACGAAGUCUUUUGCAAAAGGAAAAUCAGACCACUUCUGGAUCAUCAGUAUACUAGAAUCUCAACAACAGAUUAGAUGUAUCCCCUGUAAAGGUUCUCGGUUUCCACCAACUCUUCCACGUCCUACGUUGAGAAUGUUACCUCUGCAGAUACCCAUGUGUGAGCUCAGCACAGAGAAGAGCCAAUAUGAAGAGAAGUUUAGGCGUCUGAGUUUUGUUCAAAGUGCAAUUGACCAGUGUGUUCAGCAGGGUGAAGAGGUGGACACCAGAUAUCAAGAGGAAGCUGUGAGGGGAAUGAAAGAAGAACUCAUGAAGUCGUUUGCUCUUUCGGUGCGGUCGGAACGAGAAUGCAGGGCUCUGGACAUAUGCGAGAUGAUGCCCGAUGAACACACUCUGCAGCUGGCUGUCAAGUAUGCAGCGAGACUGAUGAGGAUGCAACUUGCUGGACGCAUCAAUGAGAUGGCUCACAAGCGGCGAAUGGCGGAAGAGAUGCGUCUUUUGAAGAGGAAGUUCAAAGCAUCAUACGGCUAUGGAGUUCUUCUUCUUCUUCUGCUGAAGAAGAAGAAGAUGGUGGUGGUCGUGGCAGUGAUAAUAAUAAUGAUGAUGAUGAUGAUGGUACUGCUGCUGUGCGUAAUAGGAAGAAGAUUUUGGCUAAACAGAGACAACACGAAGAAUAAAGUGCGACCAAAUCUGGCCCCACGUCAGAAUCCUGUCAAGGGUUCUGUUAAUGGUUUGAAGAAGAAGCAGCGGAAGCAGGAGGAAGAAGAUGAGGAAGGAGAGGAGGAGGAGGAGGAAGAAAAGGAACAAGUAGAGGAAGGGACGGAAGAUCAGGAGGAUGAAGCUGAUGAUGAUGAUUGUGAUGAUGAUGGUGGUGGUGAUGGCAGUGAUAAUGAUGAUGUUGAUAUGAAACAGAAGGGCUCAGAGAAUGGGGAUAACGAUUCAGAUGAGGAGAAAGAGAACAGCCUGGAUGCUGGCAGUGGAACACCAAAGUCAGCUAAAAGAGAGAAGAAGGGCACCUUAUCUCCAAGAGUUUUCCCCUCAUCAAGCACUGUAACAAACCCUUUCAAAAUUGGGACCCCACAGAAACCCCUCCCGGCCAUGAAAGGUACUCAGGUUUUUGAUUCCAUGACUCGAAGUAAACCAACGAAGCUGUUGAGUUCCCCCGAAGCCGUUAAGCUGAAGACAGGAUCGCGGAAGACUUUGCCAAACCAGACAACACUCUUUGCCAGUGCAAAACCCUCCAAGGACAGUUCUACUACGAAACCAUCAAAAUCAAAGAAAUCCAGUGAGAAAAUUGUUCCAGUGAAAUCUGGUUUUCCCGCCUGGUUUAAAGAAAACAAAGAUGACUUUGAAGAAGAAAACCCUGACAUGUCAGCAGACGAACUAAAACAGUUGGCAACAAGCAGAUACAAGGAGCUUCCCAGUGAAGAGAAAGAGAUUUGGUCACAGAAGGUGAAUGGUAAAUCCGAAGAGGUCAAGACUGCGAAGAAGCGUAAACGAGCAAAUGAGGAAUCUGUAAAUGGUGGUGGUGGCAACAAGGAGUCGGGUCAGCAGAAUGGCAAGAAGAAGAAGAUUUUGUCACAGGAAACAAAUUCUAAACUGACUAAUUUUAUGUUCAAAAAAGACUAAUGGUCAUGAAAUAUUUGAUUAUUGUAUAAAGUAUAUAGUCACAUUUUCACACUCAUUGUUUUAUACAUUCAUUCAUAUAUACACACACAUAUACAUACACACACACACACACACACACCGCGCACACACACACACAUACACGCACACACAAACACACACACAUCAGUAAAUGUUUUAUUCACCGUUUUCUAUAUCAGAGGAAACGGAUCUUACCUAGGCAUGUGUCUGGCAGUGAUUAUUUAUUGAUAAGAAUGAACCAGCCUGAAAUGCAUCUGGUGUUCUUGCUAGCCGCUGCUGGGAGAAUAUUCAUCUUCCUCCAAUGUCUAUAGUGUCUUUAAACACAACACUUCCAUAACAAAGAUGUUAUCUCAGACAAAUACCACAGUAACUUAUUUGCCCGUCAAAGAUGUAUCUAUACAUAAAGUAUGAUACGUAAGUGGCUACAUAUGUAUGUAUGUAUGUUUGUUUGUUAAGCACUAAUGAUAUGUAAAUUAGUGACACCAGUUCUCUGGAGCUACUAGAUUUCAUGUGUACAUAAACAGAAUGAUUACUUGUUUUUUUGUGGGAUUUUCAGUGAUGUACCUCUACACACCUCUGAUGAGAUCCCAAUAAGACCCGAAAAUUGUAUAUGGCUGUUUGUCAUAUCUUUCAGUCUACAGAGGAAACAAGUAAAUUUGACAUGUUUGUAUGUCUAGUGUAUAUGUUUACGCAUCCGCACUCACACAUAUGCACACCCACCCACAUAUAUAUGUAUAUUUAUGUGUACUCCAUUACAUAUAUAGGAUGUGUUUUUUCAUUUCGUUAACCAAAGA